AUGGAUUCUCAAGGUUCCGAUGCAAAUGGAGUAAAGCUCUCUGUAAAAUUCAGCGGCCGCACUAUACCUGUCGAAAUCGCCGGUAGCUCUACCAUCAAAGACCUGAAAUUCAACCUUCAGAGCCUCACCAACGUCCUCCCUCGAGGCCAAAAACUCAUCUUCAAGGGGAAAGUUCUUGCGGACGAAUUGACCCUGGCCUCGUCGGGCAUUGGUGAUGGGUCCAAGAUUAUGCUCAUGGCGUCUCAGGGUCUUCACCAAGGGGAUGGCUUCAUUAAAAAGGAAAUAAUGGUGUUGCCUGGUGUUAAGGGAGCAGCUGCAGCUGAUGUCACGAAAGGAAUUAAAUAUGGAAAGAAAGAGGAACCCGGCACUAAGAGCCGGCUAGAACGUUGGAAAGCAACUGGGGUUGUAGCAUUGUCAGAUAGUGGUCUCUCGGUACACAAAUAUUUAUCUUGA